GAUCAGAGCAGAUUUGAAUCACCUGUCCGCUCGUGCAGGAAACCGACAACUCCGCGCUUCAGUUGCGUGCGCGGAGAAAACAGGUGAUAAAUAUCGAGCUACUAUUUAUUGCGAUAUUAAUAAAACAACAACAACAACAACAACAACAACAACAACAACAACUAGAAGACAGAAGGAUGCAGAAAGGACCGAAGAAAUACUUCGUGAACAUGGACGAGUACCUGGCCAGCCUCGCGCUCUACAGGAAGAUGGUGGCGCGAGACGCGUCCAGUCUGUUCCGGGCCGUGUCCGAGCAGCUGUACCACUCUCAGAGCUAUCACCAGAAGAUCCGGCAGGACUGUGCCAACUACAUGAGAGCCAACAGGUGCAAGUUUGAGCCGUUUGUUGAAGGGUCAUUUGACAAGUACCUGGAGCGUCUGGAGGACCCCAAGGAGACGGUGGGCCAGGUGGAGAUCAAAGCUCUGUCUCUGCUGUACAGGCGCUGCUUCGUGAUCUAUCGUUACCCGGGGAAACCAGCCACAGUGAUCACAGAGGAUGAGUUCACUGACAAGGUGAUGCUGUGUUGCUCCAACAACGGUCACUACGACAUCGUGUACCCCAGGAGCUACCCGGCGUCCGCAGCGCUCUGCCAGUCUAUCUUGUAUGAGCUGCUGUACACGCGUGUGUUUGGCGUGGACGAGGCCGACCUCCACCAGUCCAUGGAUGCCUUCCGGGUCGGAGGUCGUCGCUAUAGAAACAGCCCAUCAGCGUGCAGCGAUGGGGACAUGGGCUACGAGCUGCCUGAGGACCGCAGCCACAAGGAGGAGGCGGAGGCGGGCGGAGCAGGAGCCGCUGCCGAGGACAAGGCCAGAGCCGGGACCGACGACAGCAAGCCCCCUGCAGAGCCCUCCUCCUCCAGACUGUCUCUGCCUUACAAAGUGCUGAAGUCUCUGGACACAGAUCUGUACCGAAACCUGGAGUUUGACGUCUGGCUCGACUCCUGCAAAGAGCUGCAGAAGACAGACUACAUGGUGUUUGCAGGCAGGCAGUACUUCCUGGGAGACAAGUGUCAGGUGCGUCUGGAGCUCAAGGGGAAGUACUACAACGCUUUCAUCCAGGAAGUAGGAACACACUCGUCGGCUGUCACAGUUUUCAUAGAGGAGCUGGGAGAGAAACAUUUGGUUCCUCUCACUAACCUGAAGCCGGUGAAUCCGGUUCCGGCGUGGAACGUCGCAGCUCCGAGUCGGAAAGGUGAUCUGGACUCAGAGUCUCGUGGCCAGCGUCAUCAUCGCCACCGCUACUUCAGGAAGGCUCGAGGCGGCGGGGGACCGAAGGGGGCGGAGCUCCUGUUGCCCCCGCCCUCCUCUUAUGGGGGCCACGUCCACGCCGCCCUGCCCCCCCGCUUCCAGCCGGCCGGUCACACCCGCCCGCCGCCCCCCUCGUCAGCGGGAGCCAUGACCUACGACCCCUAUGCCCCCCCGCACCACCACCACCACCCCUCAGCUGCCAGACCGCCGCGCUACGGAGCCGCCAGCUCCACCCGCUUCCUGAACCGGCACCUGAUUGGUCCACAGCUGGCCUAUUACCACCCUGGGAGACGAUACUACCACAGCUACGACAACUACGCCUUCCGCUCGCGGCGCAGUCGGCGGCAGCUGGCGGCGGCGCUCAACAAGGACUGUCAGUUUGGGUUCUCAGCAGAGACCGGGGAGGAGGAGCCCGCCGACCUGGAGGGAAACAUCACCUACUACCAGCUGGAUGACGCCAACGAGGCCGUGUUCCCCCCGCUGCCGGGCCAGGCUGUGGCUCCUCCUCCCAUGCUGGGAGCCCCUCCCCCUCCUCCCCCUGCCUCCUCCUAUUGGGUCCAGCGAGGUCCCGGGCCCCUCCCCCCCACCCCUCCACCUGGGAAGCCCCCUGUGACAUCAUCAGAAGAGGACCAGGAGGACGCCAGCACAGUGGAGGACCAGACUGAGUACUCAGAGGACUACAUCUACACAGCUCAGGAUCCAGGUUUCCAGAGUCCUGUGGUGUUCACUGCUGCAGAGCCUGUCACCAGUCUGGCUGUUCAGGAAGGUGGCGCUGCUGAGUCACCAACAGACGGCAUGACGAACUAUAGCUACACCCAGCAGGUGGUCAAGCCGUCAGCCGUCAUCUGCUCUUCUCCCUCCUCUUCCUCCUCCUCACCCUCCUCCUCCUCAUCUCACACUCCUCUGGCCUCACACCUCCCAGCGCCAGCACACAGCCAGCCACGCACAGUUGCCAUGGCGAUGCCAGCCACGCCUCCCUGGUUGGUUAAUGAGUUGGGCGAGCCUCUGUGCACCGUGGUGGCUCCGCCCCCUUACUCCUACGACCCCAACGGCAGCGACUUACCCCGAGACUGCAGAGUUCUCCAGUACUACUUCAACUUAGGAGUGCAGUGGUACCACCAGAGCUGCUGGCAGCAGGCCUACGCACCUCCCUCACCUGAGGCACCCUACACCUACCAGGCCUACCCCCACUACCACGCCCCCCCCACCCAGGAUGCAUCGCUCCACGGCGCCCCUCCCCAGUCUUACCCCGAGGCAGGCCGAGGCCCCGGCUCCCACCACACCCCCCCUCCCUACCCAGAAUCCACCAGGCCAGCAGACGGACAGACGGACGGACACGGCAGCGGCCCCGCCCUCUCCCUGGAAGUCUCCUCCCCCACCUCCUCCUCCAUCAGUCCUGUGCCUACAGGCUCCGCCCCUCCACCACUCCUCUACCCGGAGCAGCCCCUCCCCCCUCCUCCCUCUGUCCUGCACCUCCCAUAUGAGGCCCCGCCUCCCCCCUACCUCCCUGCCCCCUCUCCUCUUCCUCCUCCUCCUCCUCACCCCCACUUCCCCCAUCACUCCUCCUACCACACUUACCUCCCCCCUGCCCACUGGGGGGCGUUCCCACCUGGAGGCCCUGCCCACGGGACCCACCCACGGGUCUACUGCCCCGCCACUAACCCCACCCACAUGGUUGGUUACAUCACAGCCCCGCCCCCUCACCACUCAGCCACUCACUACCUUCCACCUAGCAUGUGACCCUGCUAGCAUGUGCAGAAACAUGCUAAUGCUGUUAUUUAGCUACCUCACCGUGUCCCGCUGAACCUGGUAUCUUCAGAAAGGUGAAGCUCAGGGAGGUACCAGGUCUCAGCAGGACACCUCGUCACCAGUUACCAUAGAAACGCCCGUGGACCUUAGAGCCAUCAUGGCUGCCAGGAAACCAGUUUGUCUGACUUGUUCAUUUGUUUGUCACUAAGAGAUGGCCUGCUGCUGUCAGCCAAUCAGAGAGGGGGCUGGGCUGUGCAGGGGGCGUGGCCUAAUCCUGUGUUUGUUUGUUCAUGGAAAAUAUUUCUGUUCAGUAUUCAAACGGGUGAUGGUGCGCUUUGUUUUUGCAUGAAUAAAGAGUUGUGUUUCCCCGA